AUGCAAACAUCUCGACUGGAGUUGGUCCGCUUGACUGAAGAGCAUUUGCUUGGCUACUUCUCAGUCUGGAAUGACUCAGAGGCUACGAAAUGGAGCAGCCAUGGGCCCUGCAAUACUUUAGAGUCUGCUGGAGAAUGGAUGUCCGAACUCUUGCCCGAGAUCAAUCCCAAAGGCGAGAACUACGCUGUGUUACUCCGUCCUGAUUUGGAUCCAAAUCUCAUCGAGGCUUUGAGACAGAACAGGGAACACUCGCGACUUCCUAGCGGCUACAUCGCUCCUGGAGCAUUUUUGGGGUGGAUUGGGACCUGGAAAUCAGACCCGGUGCCUGAGCUUGGGUUCAUCUUUCAUCGAGAUACAUGGGGUCUGGGGUUUGCCACGGAGGCCUUGACGGCAUUUAAGGAAGUAUUCUGGCAGGCCCGCCCUGAAUUCGAUGUUCUCGAGGCUUGGUGCGAUACGGAAAAUAAAGCUUCGGCGAAGGUCCUCAGAAAGUGUGGAUUCGACUCUGUCGAGGUAGUGUACGGUGACUACCUUCUCCCGUGGAUGAGUCCUCCUUUACGGAAUAGCGAGCGGUUUCGACUAGUAAGACCUACUACUGGUUUCAACUAG